UGACGCAGAGACGUGGACAGGAACAAUAAUGGGUCUCGCCGCCCUUUGUGGGCCAGUGUUGUAGUGGCUGUAAUGUAUGAAUACUUUAAGGAGCAACAAUGCCCGUACAGAGCCUGCCAGUCCGGGAUGGGUCUUUUCAUUUCCGUCUGCUCCAGCAGUAUUUGAUCCUGCUGAAAAAAUAUCCGAUCCUCACUAAAUCUGUGACCAGUGGGAUCCUGUCAGCUUUAGGAAAUCUGCUUUCACAGUAUUUGGAAGCCAGGAAAAAGGCCAAACAUGGAGGUCCAGUCAAUGAGAUCGAUGUGGCUGGAGCUACACGAUAUGCCAUCUUUGGGUUGAUUAUCACUGGACCAGUGAGCCAUUUCUUUUACCAGCUGAUGGAGGUGUGGAUGCCAACCACAGAUCCGUUCUGUAUAGUCAAACGACUUUUACUGGAUCGACUCGUCUUUGCUCCUGGCUUUCUACUCCUUUUCUACCUUGUUAUGAACAUCCUGGAGGCUAAAGGUUGGGAGGAUUUUGAGAGAAAGAUGAGAAGGAGUUACUGGACAGCUCUGAAGAUGAACUGGAAAGUCUGGACUCCGUUCACAUUUAUAAAUAUCAACUUUGUGCCUGUUCAGUUUCGAGUACUGUUUGCCAACAUGAUCGCCUUAUUCUGGUAUGCUUACCUUGCCACUGUGAGGAAAUGAUGCUUCUUUGCAGGCUGCCUUGACUGAAGACUGAGAAGAUGCAACCAACUUCCUUAUAGGGCUAUUUUUUUACAUCUGAUUAAUACGUUUAAAUAUACUGUUUUAAAGUUUUGGAAUUAAAAAAAUUAAAGUAUUUUUUAAGCUUCACUUGCAGGGACCUGUAUAGAAAUCUUGUGGAAGUUUAAAAUUAUGACAUUUUUUACAUAAGCAGAACAAAGUGUUUUUUGUUGGUUUCCUUCUAUGAGCUUUACCUACUGAUCUGAACUAAUGCAGUAAUAAAAUACUAAAGAGACUUACCAUUUGUCAUGACUGACAUUUAUUAUUAUUACUAAUUAAUACAUUGUUAUAAAGUUUUUUGAAAUAUAUAUGCAACGAUCAUUUGUACAGAAAGAAAAUACAUCGUGGAAUGAUUUGUUUUAACAAUAAAUGCCUAAAUAAAUAUAAAAAAAACUGGAA